UGAUUGGUUUUGGAUGGGUCUGGCUGGCUGGCCUCUUCGAACCGCAAUGCAGGGAUCAUGAGCCAUGGCGGCACGAGUGCAAUUUUCGGACCCCUCUCCCAAAUCAUGCGCGGAAUUGACAUGCAGAGGCGACAGGUGACGUAAGCGGGGAGGCGAGGCUGCCAAGUCCAGGUGUCAGCGGGCGGCAAAGGUGGAAAAGGGCGGGAAAAGUGGCAGCAAAUGAAAGCGAGUGAUAGCUCGUGGUAUUCCCUGUAGUACUGGCCUCGUUACGGUAAAUGUUUCGUUGUUUUGAUUGGGGGAGGAUUAACUAGAAGUUGAUCUCGUGAUAUUAGAAACUCUUCAUCAAUCCCCGAGAUGCAGAUGUAUAGGGGACCACAAACCAGAGGGGUUUUCGGGGGCUUAUAUUAGCAUGAUUGCCACACUGAGCAGCAAAAUAUUUCGCGACAUUCCCCGAAUUCCGCAGACCACGGCGGCAGCAGUUGUCGCCGCCGAGCCAUGGCCCCGGCUUCAGGCCACGCGGCAGCCGCGGAAGGCGCGGGAGGGAGCGCACGAGAGCUCGCCGCAGCACCGGACCGCCCAUUGGAACGAACAUUGAAACCCGCGUCACGAGCAGCAUCAGAAGCAGCAGCACCUGGAGCAGUCGACUUCCCAGACCCGACGGCGGACGCGGACUGGCGAUUCGAGCCGCGGCUGGAAUGGCAGGCCGGCGUCCGCGCUUACCUGUCGCAGGCGUACGGUGCGGAGCGGUUCGAGCGCAUCUGCGCGGCGCUAAGCCGUCCCCCCCUGUCCGUGUGUCUGCGCGUGAACCCCCUCCGCACCACCACCGGAGAUGCGCUCGUGGCUGUCGCGGGCGCGCUGGGACUGGACGCAGGGGAAGGGGAAGGGAAGCGAGAGGCAGAAGGCGAAAGGAUUGAGGGGUUCGAGGAGAGAGAGUGGAGGCAGGGGAGGGAGCGAGAGGCUGAGAGGAUAGGAGAAGGUGGGAGAGGAGAAAGGACGGAGGAGAGUUCUGACAGGGAGAAUGAUGCUGCUGAUGCUGACGUUGAUGGUGAUUGUGAUGCGGGGAGCACAGUGUCGGCUCGCCUGGUGUGCAGAGAGCACCCUCUGGUGCCGGGUGUGAUUAUAGUGGAGGGCACAGGGCCGCACAGAGUGGCAUAUGAAGCAGUGGAACGAAGCGCGGGCAGUGACAGUGGUAGUGGGAGGAGGAGGGGGAGCGGGGGGAGGAUGAAGCAGGUGGUGGUGAGCAGAAAGUGUGGCGAGGCUGUGCUGCGAGGAGCCAAUGUGUUUGUACCGGGCGUUCUAGCGUGCAGCCCUAGUGUGGAGCAGGGCGACACAGUGGCCGUGUGCGUGGCCGUUGAAUCCAGGGCGGAGGGGGUAGAGGAGGGAAGGGAUGGGAACAGAAAGGGGGAGAGAGGAGGCGGAGAGGAUUUAGCAGUGGAAGGGGAUUUAGAGGGGGAGGGAGGAGGGGAGGGAGGGGAGUGGUUGGUGGGGUUGACUCGUGGAGCCACGCUGGGCUCUGCUCACACACGAGCAGGAUUUGAGCGGCGGGACCGGUCGCAGUGGUUCAUAGGCAAGGGCGUGGCCCAGGUGUCGCGCACCGCCAUGUUCCGCGCCUCCCACGGCGUCGCUGUCUCCCUCUCCCACCGCGCCUUCCUGCUGCCGCCCUGCCAUGACAUUCUCCCAGGCGGCCAUGUCUUCCUGCAGAACCUGCCCAGCAUCAUCACUGCUAGAGUGCUGGCCCCGCAGCCAGGGGAGCGGGUGCUGGACAUGUGUGCGGCACCGGGUGGCAAGACAACUGCAUUGGCCAUGCUUAUGGGCGAUAGGGGCACGCUUGUGGCGCUGGAUCGGUCACACAGCAAGGUGCGGGGCAUAAGGGCGGUGGCAACGGAGAUGGGUCUCACAUGCAUCCAUGCCAUCAAGAUGGACGCCACCAAAGCCGUUGCUACGAGAUCUGCUUCUGUUUCUGCUGCUGCUGCUGCUGCUGCUGCUGCUGCUGCUGCUGCUGCUGCUGCUGCUGCUGCUGCGCCUGCCUCUGCCUCUGCUGCGUCGGCUGCUCCUGGCUUGGGUUCUAGUUCUGGCGGUGUCACUGACUCUAGCACGAGGGACGGAACAAGUGAAGCAGAUGAGAUUGGCGCGAGGGAGGGAGUGGGGAAUCAGAGCGAGGGGAGAGUAGCAGCAGCAGCAGCAGCAGAAAGUCCUGUGGCAGCAGCAGCAGCAGCAGGGGAGGAGGCAUGCGGUGAUGCUAGGGGUAAUGGUGUGAUCGGCAGCAGUACGAGUGCCGAUGCUGCUGGCAGCAAAGGGGGUGUGCGUAAUGCAGGCUCCAGAAGAGCCUCCGGCAAGAGCCGAGCAGAGGAGCGCGAGGAGAAGCGGCGGCAGAGAGGGGGAGGCAGGGACAGGCAGGGGCGGACGAGAGGGGAACUGGGGGGAGAGGCAGGGGGAGGCGGAACAGGGAAGGAGGGGGAGGAGGAGGCGAGGGCGAGGGAGAGGGGGGGCUUUGAGCCGCACAGCUUUGAUCGAGUGCUGCUGGAUGGGCCCUGCUCUGCCCUUGGGCUUAGGCCCCGGCUCUUUGCAGGCAAUGUGUCCCUGUGUGAGCUGCGCAAGCAUGCGGUGUACCAGCGCAGGCUCAUUGACGCCGCCGUGCGCCUGGUCAAACCCGGUGGCACACUUGUCUACUCCACGUGCAGCAUCAACCCAGGGGAGAACGAGGCCAAUGUGCGAUACGCCCUCGACACCUAUCCCUGCCUCGCCCUGCAAGCCCCUCCUCCCGAGCUUCACCUGGGGCAGCCCGGCCUUGUAGGCGGACUGGAUGUCUCAGACGGCCACUCGUGCAAGGAGUGGUUGCGGGAGGGCGAGCAGCACAAGGUGAUGAGCUUCGACCCCUCCCACGCCCUCGACACCAUUGGAUUUUUCAUUGCGAAAUUCGCUGUUGCGCCACACGUGUGCUCCUGCUGCCCGUUCUGACCAGUCACCACCGGUCAACAUCAUCUGCUCCCAUCUGCUCCCACUGUGCCGCCAAUGCUCCUGCUCGGUGCCUAGGCACACAAUGGAUCGCCUAGGCACAGAAUGCAUAGAUCACACAUGCCACCAUGCAUACUCGUGCUCCUGCCUGCACUGAUGGGUCAACAUCUAGAAACACCUGUCAACAUCUAAUUUGCUCCUGCUGUCACCUGCCAUGCCAUGCCAUGCCAUGCCAUGCCAUGCCAUGCCAUGCCAUGCCUCCAUCCGACUGCAACACGUGUGUUCGAUCGGGCACUUGUUGAAUGUGCUUAGAACAGAAGCAUGAGGGCAUCUCGUCGGUGGAUUUAUUCUUUUGUUGUUUUUGCCUGUUGCUGAUUAAGGA